GAAGUGCCCUUGGAGCCCGACCCGCCCCCAACGCCUUCCAUGCCGACCCCGGUCUUCUCUUCAUUGGCACGGACCUGGACGUCGAGCCAUGGACCUGUGUGGCCUGCAACUUCGUUUGCGGCUCAGCGCUCGACAGUGCGCAGCAGCACAUGGAAUCUACACAGCACCGCACCCAGCUGCUCGCCAACGCACACAAGAAGGCAGCCAAGGAGAAAUACCUCACCUGGAGCUUUGCCGCCUUCCUGAAGGAAGGGGGUGUCGAGGCCUUGCUCAAGCAGAUGAAGAGCAUUUCCCGCGCAUAA